UUUCCCCUUUCGCAAGACUCUGUGCGCCACAAAGUCUUGUUUGGACCCUUUUUGCUGCUUGACAGCGUGCCUUUAAUAUACCCCAAUCUCUCAACAGUGCCUAUCGCGGUAUUCUAUCAUGUCCCUUGAGGGUCCAGGGGGCUUGAGCCCCGAAUCCCAGUGGCAUGGCCAUAGUGACAAGAAGCCCUAUCCCGAUGGGGCUGAACACGGUCCGGCACACGAUGAUCCCUUUGGGAGUGAAGAGUACGCUGAAGUCAAGUACAAGACUAUGACCUGGUGGUGAGUGCUGAAUACGUGGCCAAACGCUGCCCGAUUGGCAUCCUUGGCUGACAUGUACCUUCUCGUUGGGUAUUUCAGGCAGGCUGGAAUGAGUACGUUGUCUGAGUCUCCAGGCCCUUAGCCCGCUACCCCUUGCGAUUCACUCAUAGGAAUGCCGAGUCGUAGACUAAAUAAUCUGUCCAGUCAUGAUCGCCGAGACCAUCUCCCUAGGUAUCUUGUCUCUACCAUCCGCCUUGGCUACACUUGGCAUUGUCGGCGGUGAAAUUUUGAUUGUCGGUUUGGGUAUACUAGCAACCUAUACCGGAUACACGCUGGGGCAGUUCAAGCUUCGAUACCCCCAUGUCCACAGCAUGGCGGACGCCGGUGAGGUCUUGAUGGGCCCCUUCGGUCGGGAGGUGCUGGGCACUGCACAAUUGCUGUUCCUGAUCUUCACUAUGGGGAGUCACCUCUUGACCUUCUCCAAGAUGUUGAACACCGUCAGCGAACAUGGUACCUGCUCCAUUGUCUUUGGCAUUGUGGGCAUGAUCUUGAGUUUCAUCUGCACUCUUCCUCGAACCCUCAAGAAGGUCUCGUGGAUGUCAAUUGCCUCCUUUAUCAGUGUUUUCUCCGCCGUUAUGAUUACGAUGAUUUCUAUCGGCGUAGAACGGCCUGGGGAUGGUCAUGUCGAUGCAACCACGACAACAAACCUGUACCACGGCUUCCUUGCAGUGACCGAUAUCGUCUUCGCAUAUGCCGGUCAUGUGGCCUUUUUCGGUUUCAUUUCAGAGAUGAAAGUCCCCGAGGAUUAUCCAAAGACAUUAUACUUGCUGCAAAUAGUCGACACGGUCAUGUAUGCCGUCACCGCCGUUGUCAUCUAUCGCUAUGCCGGCAAGGAUGUCAAGUCACCCGCACUGGGCUCAGCAGGGCAUAUCAUGAGCAAGGUUGCCUAUGGAAUUGCCAUUCCGACUAUCGUGGUCGCAGGCGUCAUCAACGGUCAUGUGGCUUGUAAAUACGUCUACGUUCGCAUGUUCCGGAACACAGACCACAUGCACCGUCGCACUUUCUUCUCCGUUGGAGUCUGGAUUGCCAUUGCAUUGGCUCUGUGGGUCAUUGCCUGGGUCAUUGCUGAGGCUAUCCCUGUUUUCAACGACCUAUUGAGUUUGAUCACCGCUCUUUUCGCUAGUUGGUUUACAUACGGAUUGAGUGGUCUCUUCUGGCUAUUCCUCAACUGGGGACAGUGGCUCUCGUCGCCACGUAAGAUCUGCCUCACGAUUCUUAACCUACUUGUCUUUGGCAUUGGUGGAGCUAUAUGCGGCCUUGGUCUAUACGUCUCCGGAAAGGCUAUUCACGACGACAGCUCGGGUGCCAGUUUCUCGUGCGCCAACAACGCUUGAUUCUGGACUAUAUUUCCUCGAAUAAAUUCGUCGUGUGCAACUGCGGCAUCUACUUAUAAGAUCUCUGGUAAUAGUGUGGAGGGUGUACGAUAUAUGAUAGAUAGGCUACAUUGCAUGGUUUAAACCGGGUGCAUAUGAAGGAAAUUCGCAUAUUGGGGUUACAGUUACAGCACAGUAUCUUUUGUGUAUCAGGAUAGCCACUAUUUUAUCGGUUUAGAUGGAAGAUAAAAUAAAAAUGAGGUUACUAAGACA